AUGGGUUUAUUUUCUCACUUUUCUAAAGAACAUCGAGCCAAUGCUGAGUUUGAACAAUUAACUCGAAGAGGUCCAAACGAAGGUUCACGAAAGGCUAGUGUUACACAUCAAUUAUUAGCUGGUGCUGCUGCUUAUGCUGCUUGUAAAGCUUAUCAAGAUCACAAGAGGAGACAUGGAAGACCUGUUAAUCAUGCUCAGGCUAAGCAAAUCGCUUGUGGAUUGGCUGGAGUCAUGGUAGAUCGACUUAUUGAAUCUCGUGGUCUUACUUCAAUUGAUAACCACAGGGCUAAAGACGCUGCAAUGGUAGCAGUUAUGAGUGCGCUUGAUAGGGAUGGGUAUUGA